CCUGACUCGGUGGGAUAUGGGGUGUGGAUCCCAUCUCGCUCUGUCAAGAUUUGUGGCAGACUGCCAGAUCAUUGGUCGGUUUAUACAGCCGAAACUUAUGCAAUUUACAGAGCUGUUCAGUAUAUUAUGGACCGGAGCCUCACCAGGACGGUGAUAGUUUCGGAUGCUCUAGGUGUGCUCAACAAAUUGAAACAUGGAAACAUUAACGCCAACAUCGAUAUAGUAACGGUGAAUACUCUAAUUUUGCUGGGGAGGGCAAGAUCUUUGGGGCUGAGGAUUGCUCUGAUGUGGAUACCUAGCCACUCAUAUAUAGCACAUAACGAUACAGCGGAUUUACUGGCAAAUCGAGGAAGACUACUGCAGGGACAAUCCCAACUGAGAGGAGAUCCAAGAGAGCUAUGGCCGGCUUUGAAAAGCCGACUCUGGGAUGAAUGGACAGAGAGGUUCAGAGAGAUUGGAAUGACCAAGGGCAGACAGUACUCUUCGGUGGUGAGACCUACCUCAUAUCGUAGGGAAACCUGGUUUAAGUUUUUGAAUACCCCUAGGGUGAAUAUCACAACAUUUGUCCGGAUUAGGUCGGGGCAUUGUCUGACCCCAGCGCAUUUGGCAAGGAUUGGUGUCAUCGACUCCCCUCUAUGUAGCUGUGGCGAGUUGGGUGACUUGCCACACAUUCUCUUUUCUUGUGGCGAUAAUUCCUCCAAUUGUGACAACUUAUAUCAGAGUUUGCUUGCCCUGGGGAUAACAGCUCCCCUUAAUUUGUGUGAAGUGUUCUACUCGACUAGGCCCGAGCAACGUCCUCGCAGCCUGAGAUAGAGCCAUUCUAGACUCCUGCACCCCUGGGAAUCAGGCUGUUUGAUCGUACCUACCACGUAGAGGUUGGAAGCAUAGCCUACCGGCUGUUCCAUGGUUUCUUGCCCGCUUAAUAUGGGGGAACGCAUUUAGGAGGACAGGAACUAACAAGAAGAAGAA